AUGAUCAGUUGCCAAGUCGAGCAGGAUGCUGAGGAUGAAAUCGAGAAGGAGAGUGAAGGGGAUGUGAUUGAAGUUGCAGUGGCAGGCCCUGUGCAGCCAUCUCCGGACGAGGUUGUCCGCAAUCCUGCACACCCACGCAGCCCCACCCACCACCCCUUCGCCGACGAAUUCUUAGCCUUGGCCGACGAGCACUGUUUGGGCCUUGGCCGACGAAGCCUGGCCUUGGCCGACGUUACCGGGAAGGGGGCGAGCAUCAUGCGCAUCAGCGGGUUCUUCGCCGGGACGAGGGGGCAGCGUCAUGCGCAUCAGUGGGUGUUGGUUUGGCCUUGGCCGACGAGUUUUUUCCUUGUUUCGGCCUUGGCCGACGAAGUUUUGGCCUUGGCCCACCAAGGUUUGGCCUCGGCCGACGAAUGUUUGGCCUUGGCCUUGGCCGACGAGUUUUUUCCUUGUUUCGGCCUUGGCCGACGAAGUUUUGGCCUUGGCCGACGAAGGUUUGGCCUUCACCGACGAAAGUUGGCCGCGGAUGCUGGAGAAGCGAUGCUGCAGCGCGCGGCUGCCGGGAAGCUUCCUUCGGCAUCGGAGGAGCUGCAGAAGGAGCUGCAACAGAUAGCUUUGGAGGCAUUGCAGCGAAGGUGCAAGCUUUUGGAGGCAGAAGCUCAGCGGGUUACCGAGUCCAACGAGCAGUUGGCUCCGGAGGUGAAAGCAGCAGACAAGUCACAGCGGUCGCUCAAGAAGCUUCAGGCCAAGCUUGAAGACCGUGAGGCGGCGAAGUUGGCGCUGGAGAAGGAGUUGGGCACCGCGUCUGCCUGCGUGAAGGUGCAGAGCGAGAGGCAGAAGGUGUCUUCGGGGGCAGAAGUCCAAUCCCAGGGCCGGCAAAAGGAGCUUCAGAAGCGCGUGGAGGAGCUUGAGGCGGAGCUCAAAGGAGCGCAGGCCAAGGAGCACGCAGAGAAGGCCGCGGCACAGAACAAGCAGCACGACGAAGCAAUUGCGAAGGCCGAACAAGAGAAGCUCCAGCUUAGCCAGCGCCUGGAGGAGCUGAAGCAGCAGAAAGCAGAGAUGCUCGAGGCAGAGAAGAAAGCCCUGCACCGCCUGGCUCUGCGUGAGAAGGCCAAUCAGUCUGUCGAGACCGCCCUUGCGCCGCUGAAGGCCUUGCCCCAGCAACUGCGCGACGAGCAGACGAAGCUGCGUGCUGAGGUGCAGCAGAUGGGACAGACUUUUGUUGGCGAGAUCGCCAAGAUGGUGGAGGGCACAAAGAAAUUGAAGGAGAGGUCCAAGUCCCUCGAAGAGAAGUACAAGUCUGCCCUCGAGGACCGAAAGAAGCUGCAAGACACCGUCGCAGAGCUGCAGGCACAAGACUCGGAGCAACCUCAGCCAAAGAAGAAAGCCGCACCGAAAGGCAAAUAG